AUGAAUCUGAUAAGGUGGUCCAGAGAAAGGAGCAGAGCCUCAUCUCUGAAGGCACUUACUGCAGAAGAGGUGUCGAGGCACAACAAGGCGGAUGACUGCUGGAUCAUAAUGGACGGGAUGGUGUAUGAUGUCACCGACUUCCUUAAUUUACAUCCUGGCGGUAUGGAUGUCAUAAUGAAAUACGGUGGAAAGGAUUGCACAGAUGCAUUCAACGAGGCACAUGGCUAUGUAAACAAGGAGCUCCUGCUAAACAGUGUUGUUGGGAUAGUCACAAAGCAGUAA